AGCGCUUUACAGAUCCGGAGGCGCCGGCCAACUCCAGCUACCCUGGUUCUGAGCAGCGACCAGUCGUCCCCAGAAAUCGACGAGGACCGGCUCCCCAACCCAUUGCUGAAGCCGGGUCUGUCCAUGUCACCCAGACAAAGGAAGAAGGUCCACCGCACGACCCCCACCAUGAAAGAGCUCCAGAUGAUGGUGGAGCACCACCUGUGCAAACAGCAGGCGGAGGAGGAGGAUGCCAGCAUGGGGAGCCAGGAGCCACACAGCCCUGGGUGCUGCCACCACGGUAACACAGACCCCAGCCACAGCCCCAGGGGAACCUGCCCCCUUGCCCAGGCCAAGACCAGGCUGGAGUCUCAGGAGGGUAACCAUGCUGGACCAGACGGGAGUGAGUAUAACAUGGACACGCAGGAAAGAUAUUAGGGUGUCCCCAGUGAUGUCCUCGGUUGGACAGAGUCCAUCCCUGGGCACCUGCCCCCUCUGUGUGCCCUGCUCUGCGCCAGGCCUGUUCCCCCCCUUCUCCAUUGUCU